AUGGCGUCGGUCAAAGUCUUCCGUGGCGCAGCCAUCCACUCGAUCAACCUCGACACCCUAGAGCUUAUCAAAGACGCUACACUCGUCGUAACCGACGGCCGCAUCACAGGCUUUUGGAAGGCAGCUGAGGAUGUCCCCAAGGAUGCUUUCCCACCAAGUGCUGAGAUCCACAACCUGAUUCAUGGAGAAUUUUUGAUCCCUGGCUUCGUUGACACUCACAACCAUGCUCCUCAAUGGCCGAUGCGGGGUCUGGGCCAAGGCCUUCACAUUCUAGACUGGCUCAACGAUAUCACGUUUCCCGUCGAGGCGCGUUUUUCUGAUCCCGAAUAUGCGAAAAGAAUGUAUGUGGAUACUGUUCAGGACUUUCUACGCCAGGGAAUCACGACUGCUUCUUACUAUGGCUCACGACAUGCUGAGGCGACUCUUAUUCUGGCUGAUAUAUGUCAUGCCAAGGGUCAACGUGCUUUUGUUGGAAAGUGCAACAUGGACAGGAACGCACCAGACUACAUUUGCGAGGAAAGUGCGGCUGUUUCUCUCCAAGAGACCAAGGAGUGCAUUGCCCAUAUCCGGGGCCUGAAGUCUGACGAUGAUACCCGAGACGGGUUAGUGAAGCCAGUUGUCACACCAAGAUUCGCCAUAUGUUGCACAGAUGACCUCCUCCGUGGUCUCGGGGAUAUGGUGCAGGCAGACGACACUUUGACUAUGCAAACACACUUCAACGAAGCUCAACAAGAGAUUGAUGCUACUACCGAGUUAUUCCCUCAAUUUAAAGGAAGCGAAGCUGACUUGUACGAGAGCUACGGUCUUCUCAACAAGCGUAGCAUCCUCGCUCAUUGCACUAUCGUGAGCGACUACGAAAAAGAACGACUAGAGGCACUCAAAUGUGGUAUCGCACAUUGCCCAAUUGCCAACAUGACCGUCGGCGGUGGUUUCAUGGUCGCUCCCAUCAGAGACUUUCUACGUUGCGACAUAAAAGUAGGCUUGGGCACAGAUAGUGGUGGCGGUUGGGCAUCCUCGAUGUUGGCAGUCAUUCGACAAGCCAUGAUAGCAUCGAAUGCGAGAGAGGUGUUAUCAGAGGGCAAAGACAGGGCUCUUUCGCUUGAAGAGGUCUUCUAUCUGUCGACUCUCGGCGGUGCAAGGGUUUUGUGUCUUGAAGAUCAGAUUGGAAAUUUCGAAGUUGGCAAAGAUUUCGAUGCUACAUGGGUGAGCACUACCAAGGGCUUACAGUCAGCCAUGACUCCAAAGGAACCGGGGGACUCACUGAGACACUUGUUUGAGAAGUUUGUCAUGACUGGAGAUGACAGAAAUAUCGCUCACGUCUUUGUCAGAGGUCGCCGAGUGGCAGGUUGUUGGGAGGAACUAUCCUAA